AUGGUCUUAUCGCUUUGGAGACGGCCCAUGUGGCGGCUCAUGCGACAUGUUCAUCUUAGAGGUGCAGCGCCCAUUGGACUGAGAUGUGCGCCUCAGCCUGCUCGCGCCUUUUCGGUUUUACUGCCCAACGCAUUCCCGCAGCCGACACCACGGACACCCCCACAUAACCUUCCUGUUGCAGUGCCGGAAGGGGAACAGUCUGGGGAACCCCUUAUAUAUAACCGUCCGCAGCGCAAAAAGCAGCGCCCCUGGUAUAAGUCUCCUGCACUCUAUGCCCUCGCGUUUUUGCAAUGCCUUGCCAUGUACCUUGGAUUUUGGCAGCUCCGGCGACUUGAUUGGAAACUCGCGCUCAUUGAUGAAUUGGAAGAGAAGCUCCGUUGUGAUCCCCUUCGCCUGCCGCGUAACGUGAAUAUGAAUGUAUUGCACGAGUUCGAGUAUCGUCUCUUUGAGGUGCGUGGUCACUUUGACACAUCGCGUGCCUUGUUCGUUGGUCCCCGCACGUACGAGAAUGAACGCGGCUAUCAUAUUGUGAUGCCAUUCAAGCGCGCCUCAGGCGGUCCAGAUAUCCUGGUAAACCGUGGAUUUGUUUCUAAUGACAACAUUGUUGGCACGGGUAUGGAGAAGCGCCUACGACACCCAUUGAAAGAAGACGCGAAUGAGCGUUCCAUUGUGGUUCUAUACCCACGCGUAUACCCGCCUGGCAGGUUUGGUUUGCCCAACGAGCCAGAAAAGAAUGUAUGGCUGCAACUCAACCCGGGUCAGAUGGCACAUUGGUUGAAUGAGCAAGCAGGUGUGCAAGAUGUCAUCGCGACAGAGAAUACACCCAAAGAAUCACAUUUCUAUGGCAUGCUGCGCCGUCUGACGGCGCCCCCAACGCAAGAGUCUGUUACUCCUCAAGAGGCGUUUCAGAGAAAGCAGUCACAGCCCGUGAUUCCUAUUUACAUGGAAGAAAUCUUUGGUGGCACUUAUGGAGAAGCGGCUGUUCUUUUGAACGAAGGCAUUCCGGUAGGUCGCCCCGCCCGUAUUGAACUGCGCAACCAGCAUGCCGAGUACGCCAUGACAUGGUUCAGUCUGUCGGCUAUCACAACUUUCAUGUUCAUAUUCAUGCUUCGCAAGGGACGCGGAACGUCGUAG